CAAAAAAAAUUGAGCAAGAGACUAUGAUUUCCAGCUACAAGCCGAAAAUCACCGCCUCCGCUGAAUAUCAAAGAAAAUUGAACUGUUGCUCUCUAGAAAAAUUCCUGCUCGGCCGCGGUCAAAGAAUUUCUCCAAUUUGGUCAGGCAAAAUAUACUCCUUAAAGAUUAGAACAUUUGAAAAAAGAAUCAAUGUUUAGAAUUUCUUCUGCCUCGACUCGAGCGCCCCUCUGGUAAAGAAGCAACAAUAAGCCCAGAAAUGGCAGAGCGUUACUUCCCCAACAAAAUGCCACACUACAUACCAGAAGAAACUCCAACAAUUAACGAAGAAACAGCCAACAAAGAUUCACUCUCUCGCCUCCUUUCUCUUCCAUAUCACACACUCCGGCGCACACUUCAAGCAUCAGCCCUUCACCUCAAGGAUAUGGUGGUGAGAGAGACGUGGGGAUUGAGUGGGAAGCGUGUGCAAGAUUAUAGUGUUUAUACGGGAGUUCUAGGGACUGCUUAUUUGCUUUUUAAAGCUUAUGAGGUUACCAAGAAUGAGAAUGAUCUUCAUUUGUGUUCUCAGAUUAUAAAUGCCUGUGAUUCUGCUUCUGCAGCUUCUAGGCAUGUGACGUUUAUAUGUGGACGUGCUGGUGUUUAUGCUCUUGGUGCUGUCGUUGCAAAGUAUGCUGAUGACCCAAGGCUAUUAGACUACUACUUGAAACAGUUCAAAGAGUUGCAGAUCAAAUUUUCUAAUGAUGUGCCAAACGAGUUAUUAUAUGGAAGAGCAGGAUUCUUAUGGGCCUGUUUGUUUAUCGACAAGCACAUUGGUAAAGAAACCAUAGCUACUGAAUGCAGGCGAGCAGUUGUGGAUGAGAUGAUUAAGGCUGGGAGAACAUUAGCUCUCAAGGAUAGAUGCCCAUUGAUGUAUGAAUGGCAUGGAAAAAAAUAUUGGGGGGCUGCCCACGGACUGGCUGGAAUCAUGCAUGUUCUGAUGGACAUGGAACUGAAACCGGAUGAAAUCAAGGAUGUCAAGGGUACACUACGCUAUAUGAUUAAGAAUCGUUUUGCUAGUGGAAAUUAUCCUUCUAGUGAAGGAAAUGAAUCAGAUCGUCUUGUGCAUUGGUGUCAUGGUGCUCCUGGAGUGGCUCUUACCCUUGUGAAAGCUGCUGAGGUUUUCGGAGACGAGGAGUUUUUUCAAGCUGCAGUGGAAGCAGGGGAGCUAGUAUGGAACCGGGGACUUCUCAAGCGAGUUGGCAUAUGUCAUGGCAUCAGUGGCAAUACCUACGUUUUUCUAUCACUAUACAGAUUAACAGGUAAUCCAGAGUAUUUGUACAAAGCUAAAGCAUUUGCGUGCUUUCUACAGGAUAGAGCGCAAAAGCUUAUAUCAGAGGGUACGAUGCACGGUGGUGAUUGUCCCUAUUCCCUCUUCGAAGGAUUUGGAGGAAUGGCGUACCUCUUUUUCGAUAUGGCUGAACCCUCUGAAGCCAGGUUUCCAGCUUAUGAACUCUAAACUGUAAUGUAUUAAAAUUUAGUAAGUGGUAGACAUGUAAUAGCUGAGAGCACUGGUGCUUCCUGUACCUAUUUGCAAUGAUUUAGCUAGUUGAAAAUCUUAAAUAAAGUUAUCAGCAGGUGCAUAAUAUUGAUGUGAAUA